AUGCCGGACACGUCAGAAGCUAAAGUAUUUUUCUCGUCGGAAGAACAUGGUAUUCCACUCUUGAACAAUGUACCUAACCGGGCGUUUUCAAUCGACAGCAACGCCAGCGCACAGUCUGACAGGACUAUCCGUCCGCUACCAAGGACCUCAAGCCCACCAGCUUUGGAAGACCCACCCAAGCCAAUUCUCAGCCAUAAACGGUCUAAAGCAUCUCCUUGGUGGCUGAUACCAAUUGUCUCCGUCACUGCCCUGAUAUACGCUGGUACUAUUGCCCCCCGGACUGAACUACUUGUAAAGCUAGCUUGCAAUAACCUGCAUCCAGGCUGGGACCUUGUUUCUAACCCAAUAGAUGCGCAAAAGAAUGGGUCCCUUCCACAGUCAAACUCGCAUCCUCCUAGAGGUUUCCCAGAACGACUAUAUUUCGUCGAGAGAGAUUUGCCCAUACAUAAACGCUCGCAAAUUACAACUCCUGGAACAAGCACCAUGUGUUCAGAUGAUGAGGAUGUUCAGAAAGAGGUGGCCAAACUCAAUACUGCCAUUUCGCUCGUCUCGGGUGUGUUGAGCGUGCUUACGACUGGGUGGUGGACACAACUAUCUGAUAGGGUGGGCCGCAUUCGGGUGCUUACCAUUGGAGCUUUCUCUGGACUAAUGGUAGAUGCGAUUUUUGUGGGAGUUGUUCUGAAUUCAGAUAAACUCCCUGGUGGCUAUUGGUUGCUCGUUGUCAGCAAUAUGAUAGAUGGUGUGUUUGGUGGGUUCUCUACGGCCGUCGCGACAUCAAACGCCUAUAUCAGCGACUGUGUUCCCUCUACUGAAAGAUCCCGUUGGUUUUCAUUAUGGUCAGGAAUCAUAUUUGCUGGAAUGUCACUUGGACCCGGAUUCGGCUCGCUACUCAUCAAUUUUACUGGGAACGCCAUGCUUAUCUUCUAUAUUGCUCUCGCGUUCGACUUGAUAUACGGCUUAUACGUCGGGUUCAUCCUACCAGAAUCCAUGGACCCAGAACACAUGAAGGCCGCUAGGGAGGCUAAAAGACGCUCUAAAGAGUCUUCAAAAGCUGUGUCACUGAAAGGCUUGGUGCUCAAUCUGAUUGGAGUCGUUGCACCUUUUACGAUGUUCUUUCCUCGCAUUAUCCAGCGGUCCGGAGGACGCAAAAAGUACGAAUGGAACGCCACCUUUAUUGGUAUAGCGUAUUCUUUACACGCCGUUAAUUCUGGCUCAUUUUCCUUUAAGUACCAAUAUGCCAUCAAGGCGUUUGGUUGGAGCUCUACUCAGAUGGGCAACUGGCUUAGCCUAUUGGGGUUUACGCGAGCUCUUCAUUUGACGGUGCUACUCCCAUUGAUUCUGAAAGCCAUCCACUGGGUUCGUGAACGGAGGCCUCCUACUAAACCGGUAUCAGAAUCUGACAAGGCUCAAUCUGUUGAUCUUCUCGUGGCGCGUGCAUCUGUAGGGGUAGAUAUUACUUCCUAUAGUGCAAGUGCUCUUGUGACGACCUCCAGCGCCUUUCUAGGCACUACGACCAUAUUGUCCUUCGGCGGAGGGUACCCCCCUGCCAUACAGAGCUUGGCUCUUGCGCUCACGCAAACGUCCAAAACCCAAGAUGCGGCAACUGUUAACCUGACAUCCGAUGAGCCAAGGUUUGAAAGCACAUCUAUAGAUACCAAUGCUCCAGAUGAUACUGGCCGGUUGCUUGGUGCAAUGUCAGUGGUGUACACACUUUGCAGCCAAAUCUUUGGCCCUAGUCUAUUCGGUGCAUUGUUCGUCGCCACGGUGGGUUCCGCACCCAGAGCCAUCUUCUGGCUAUCUGCGACCUUAAACGGUUUGGCCUUAUGCUCAUUACUCAUGGUUCGCCUCAAGUCUUCGAGUGAUAAGGAGGACGAUGUGGAGUAUGUUCUGCUAAACAACAUGGAAGAUUAA